GCGAACCGCUGCAACUUUGGAUGAACUUCUGAUUUGAACACACCGAGAGGCGGUUGGUGAAACGCACGGAGCGCUUGAUAAAUAAGUGCAGACUUCAAUAAGGGUUUCUGCUUAUCACACAUUGCAGACACUCUUCAUUUAAUUCCUCAAUUGACCAGCGAGAGAGGCGUUUUUUUUUUUGUUCUUUCUUCGCGAGGAGGCAGACAAGGUGGAAAUGAAUAAAGGCUGUCUGUCCCACUGUUCUCAGUCGCUGGGUUCCAGUUUUACAGUCAAUGCAAGCUGACUUCUCAUCUCACAUGAACAGAGUGCAGAUGGCUUUUUAAAGACUACAGACAUAAAAGUGUCAACUCAUUACAUUUAUUUAUCCCUGUGGUUUUGAUAAGAACCAGAUGUGAAUCUUCCUCUGCUCUUUACUCAGUGGGCGUCAUGUUGACCCAAAUCUAACCCCAUUCGCAUCCUACCUUUACCUUUCCCUCCCAUCUCCCCUCCCCACACCCUUCCCCAUUCUUCGUCAUGACUAGUCUGAAGCGCUCUCAGACAGAGCGCUCAGUUGGGGGAUCGGUGCCGGCUACUGAUGAGUUCUAUACUCGCCGCCUCAGACUACCCAAUGGAGGGGCACCGCCACCUCGAAGCGAAAGUGCCCACAUCUCCUCUGCUUCAUCAGCUGGCACCAACCCUGGUGUCCCCAAGAUGGGGGUUAGAGCUCGUGUGGCUGACUGGCCCCCAAGAAAAGAUGGAGGAGGGGGAGGUGUUUGGCACAUCACGGUGGAGACGGACUCGCCUAGUUCUACAAACACCACUAGCUCUUCGGGUUCAGGAAGUGGAGACAGAGAAAGGAUCCUUGGAGGAGGAGGAGGGGGAGGAGGUGGAAGUGGUGGAUCAGGUGGUGGAGAAAGGGGAGGAGGAGGAAAUGUGUCAGCUGUCGCAGCCCACAGCAAUCUCUCUGCUAAGUUAGGACACCUGAUAAGCCCACAAGACUCAUCAAUGCUACGCAACAUCCAGAAUACACUCAAGAACAAGAUGCACAGCAAAGGAAAGGACAAUCGCUUCCUGUCACCUGAUGGUUAUCUGGGGUCCCCUCGUAAAGGGAUGAGACGCAUUCGCCAGCGUAGUAACAGUGAUAUAACAAUCAGUGAGCUGGACGGAGAGGGAAAUGAGGGCUGGUCUUUCUCUGGAUGGACACCCAUGCACCGUGAAUAUGGCAGCACCUCUUCAAUAGACAAGCACGGUGUCUCAGGAGAGAGUUUCUUCGACAUGCUGAAGGGAUACCAGUCCACUGAGGCCCCCGAUCAGAGAAGCCCAGCUCCAGAAAGACUGUCAGAACUCCUAACUGUGGCCCCCAUUAAACAGGCUGCCCUGGACCUGCCUGAUGGUCCAGCACGAGGCAGUCCUGCCAGUCGACUGAAGGAGCGGGAGAAGCAUUUAAAGAGAAGGUCAAAGUCAGAAACAGGUGGAGAGUCUAUAUUCCGCAAGCUGCGCAGUGUAAAGGUGGAUGGUGACACAUCGAGGGCCGGUUCAGAUGCUGAAGACGGGGGGAAAGGUGAUGAAAGUGGUCCACCUCCUAAACCAUGGGUGUGCCAAAAAGGCUUUGCCCAUUUUGACGUCCAGUCUCUACUUUUCGACCUCAAUGAGGCAAUCCAAAACCGUCAGUGUGGCUCUAAACGCAAGAACACCACUACUGGUGCCUCGGCCGCCGCCGCUGCUUCAGCCACAUCCUCUCUUUCCUCCAACCAGAGCGGAAACUUCGGCUCCCCUUGUGGCUCACAGGAAGAGCUGAGCAAGGAGGGUACUGGAGGGCAUGGUACCAACCCUGCAAUGGACCCUGGAGAUGAUAAGAGCAAUGAUUUGGUUCUUAGCUGCCCUUGUUUUAGAAAUGAAAUUGGGGGAGAGGGUGAGAGGAACAUUUCACCUGCUAAACAGCAGGGCAGCAUUGGUAGUGGAGGGAGCUCCAGCAGUUCCUCUGGUAGCACAGAAGAAGGACCCCUGGAAGCCACUCUGACUACCCAUUUCACUAAUGCAGGAGUGGCGGUGUUGGAGGCUGCUAAAGAUGGGCAAAGUCACCAUGCUGACAGGUCCAAAAGAUACAUAAUGGAACACGUUGACCUUGGUGCCUAUUAUUACAGAAAGUAUUUCUAUCUUAGAGAGCACUGGAACUAUCUGGGGGUAGAUGAGAACUUGGGCCCAGUGGCGGUGAGUCUGAGGAGAGAGAAGCUGGAGGAGCACAAGGAUCACGGCCAGCAGUAUAACUACAGGGUCAUCUUUAGAACGAGUGAGCUUAACACCCUGCGUGGUUCCAUUCUUGAGGACGCUGUGCCAUCGACAGCAAAGCAUGGUCUUGCCCGAGGUCUGCCUCUCAAAGAAGUGCUGGAAUAUCUGGUCCCUGAGCUCAAUGUUCACUGCCUGCGUCUGGCACUCAACACGCCUAAGGUCACGGAUCAGCUGAUGAAGCUAGAUGAGCAGGGGCUGAGUUUCCAGCGGAAGGUGGGGGUGAUGUACUGCAUGGCAGGCCAGAGCAGCGAGGAGGAGAUGUACAAUAAUGAAGCAGCCGGUCCUGCGCUGGAAGAGUUCCUCCAUCUUUUGGGCGAGAGAGUUAGGCUCAAAGGUUUCAACAAGUAUCGAGCUCAGCUGGACACCAAGACGGAUUCAACAGGCUCCCACUCCUUGUAUACCACCUACAAGGAUUAUGAGAUCAUGUUCCACGUGUCAACAAUGCUUCCCUACACACCCAACAAUAAGCAACAGCUGCUGCGGAAGCGGCACAUAGGGAAUGACAUCGUAACAAUCGUGUUCCAGGAACCUGGAGCGCUUCCCUUCACUCCUAAAAACAUUCGCUCUCACUUCCAGCACGUAUUUGUGAUUGUGCGGGCUCAUAACCCCUGCUCUGAAAACAGCUCCUACAGUGUGGCAGUCACCCGUUCCAAAGAUAUGCCCUCGUUCGGCCCACCUAUCCCAGAGGGCGUGACCUUUCCCAAGUCAUCUGUGUUCAGGGAGUUCCUGCUGGCCAAAGUGAUUAAUGCUGAGAACGCUGCCCACAAAUCUCAUAAAUUUCGGGCCAUGGCCACCCGAACGCGCCAGGAGUACCUGCGGGACCUGGCAGAACGCCACACCACCAGCACCCCCAUUGAUCCAUCAGGAAAGUUUCCUUUCAUUUCUUUGGCUCAUAAAAAGAAGGAGAAGACCCAGCCAUAUGAAGGAGCAGAGCUGCGCAGCCUCGGGGCGGUGACCUGGCCAGUUUAUGCUGAAGAUCACGGAAACGGAGGAGAAAUCGAGGCCCUCUUGGCUAUUUCCAAUGACUUUCUGAUUCUGUUGGACCAGGAGGCCAAAGCUGUGGUGUUCAACUGUGCUACUAAGGAUGUGAUUGGCUGGACACUCAGCAGUCCCGCUUCCUUAAAGAUUUUCUAUGAGCGGGGAGAAUGUGUGUCUCUGAGGAGCAUCGGCAAUAAUACAGAGGAUUUCAAAGAAGUGAUCAAACGUCUUGAGUUUCUUACUAAAGGCUGUGAGACAACAGAGAUGACGCUUCGCCGAAAUGGUUUGGGGCAGCUUGGCUUCCACGUUAACUAUGAAGGGAUUGUGGCAGAGGUGGAGCCAUAUGGAUACGCCUGGCAGGCGGGACUCCGUCAGGGCAGCCGAUUGGUCGAAAUCUGCAAAGUCGCUGUUGCAACUCUGACCCACGAGCAGAUGAUUGACCUGCUCAGAAAUUCUGUGACAGUUCGUGUUGUCAUCAUCCCACCACAUGAUGAUGCAACUCCACGCAGGGGUUGCUCAGAGCUCUAUCGAGUGCCGGUGUCUGAAUACAAAGGCAGCAGCACAGACAGCGGCUCCUUCGAGUACAAGUUCCCAUUCCGCAGCAACAAUAACAAGUGGCAGAGGACAUCCAGCAGCCCUCAGCAAUCCCUGACUGCUUCACCACAGCCGCACACACCCAACCGAGCCGUCAGCCUGGGCAGCUCGGUGGGAAAGACCCUUUCCGCUGAGAGGUUAGAGAGAGGCGCUGCCAUUCCACGCAGUGUCAGCAGCGAUGGUCGACCUCUGGACCCCAAGAGGAUGUCUCCUGGAAGUGAGAGCUACAGCCUGGCUUCCUCCUUGGCUUUAGGUUGUUCUCCUCACAACCGCAGCUCUCCCAGCAACCUGUCAUGUUCUAGUGAUGCUUCUGGAAGCUCUGCUCACUGGAGGCAGAAGUCCAUGCCUGAACAGUUUGCAAGCAGCCGACAUUCUCCUAUGUCAUCAGAGAGAAGAGAGGUGGCUGGAGAGGGGGGCUCCAGCGGGAAAUCCACUCCCAACUGGUCAAGAAUGGAGGAGGGUGGAGGUGAACGGGGGUCAACAGAGGCCCCAGCUUCCAAGUCAGGCCAGAGCUACUCUGGAGCUCCUCGUAUCCAGAGGCAGGAACAAGUCAUCCACCUCUCACCAAAGAAGGGUAGCCAGUCAGAUGGCCCUUACUCUGGUCACUCCAGCAGUAACACUCUGUCCAGCACCGCUUCCAGUGGUGGCCACAGUGACAGUGACAAAUGGUAUGACCUGGGAACAGGAGGAGGGUCCAGCGGCGACCAGGGGGAGCCGGAACCAAACGGCCUGGGAGGAGGAGGCUACCUCCAGGGUGCCUCAGCCGACAGUGGAAUCGACACUGGCUCUUACGGAGCCUCCCAUCAUUCCCAUCCCCAUUCCCACCAUGGCAGCACUGCCUCCCUGCUGGCCCCCAGUGGGAGCAGAGAAAGCAGGGAACGCUCUUCGUCUCCGUGGCACAGUCCGACUGAGGGGGGUCGAAGGAUGCUGGAGAGGUCACCUGCUGCUGCUGAGUCUCCAGGUCCUCCAGCAGAAAGAAGCCAUGAAUCGGUGGGUCGAAGCCCACCGACCCAUCUUCUGGUUAGGGACAGCAGUACUUUCAGCCUGGGUGACGGUGGAUCACAUUCAAGGCACUCUGGCCACAGUUCUCCCAGGGAGGAGUCAUCGCCUUCAGCCACCUCCCCUUCAUCUCAGUCUUCAAUCUCACCCGGGCCCAAGAGCUUCUACCCCCGUCAGGGAGCUCAGUCCAAAUACCUGAUUGGCUGGAGGAAACCAGGCUCCACCAUCAACUCUGUGGACUUUGGAGACACACGAAAGAAAUCUCCAGGGGAAAGUGGAGAAGGGGCCCCAAGCCCAACCGCAAGGCCGACUCUUAGAGACAUGCACUCCCCCCAGGCUCACGCGAAAUCUACUGUGGAGGAAGAUCUGAAGAGACACCCUGCUCACGACACUCCACCCCCUCCACGAAAACACAAGGAAAAGCACGGCCAGAAGUCCCCUCCCAGCCAGCCGCUCAGCCGCCGCCGCUCGCUGCACCGCACACUGUCAGACGAGAGCAUCUAUCGUGGUCAGCGGCUGCCCUCCCUCAGCGACUCCAUCACUGAGCCCAACCUCAGUACGGAUGUCCUGUUCAGCUGCUCCACCCUUCCUCGCUCUCCCACCACUCGGGGAGUGCCCCUCAGACGGCCUUCCUAUAAGCUAGGAGUCAAACUCCAUGGGGAUCUUUCAGCAUCUGACACAUCAUUGGUGGAUUUGGUGGAGCGUCAUCGGGGACCCCUCCCUCAGGAACUGAUGCCCCUCCCAUCUUCAGGUAGAGACAGUCCUCUUGAGUGGACUCACCUGGUGGAUGUGGCCAGUACCUUCGAGAAUGAGAGAAACACACAUUACAUCCAGAGAAGUUAUGUGUUUGGGGAUUCAAACCACCGAAGCAGUGCAGCAUCCAUACCUCAGCACAUCGAGCUGCAGCCUGCGCCACUGUCACGACCCUCAUCCAGUGAGGGUCACAUAGGCCUGGAAAGGAAGGUGACCAAGCUGGAGGCCAUGGUGAAGAUGCUCCAGGAGGACCUGAAGAAGGAGCGGGAAGAAAAAAUGCGACUUCAGUCUCAGAUCAAGAGGCUCUGGGAGGACAACCAGAGACUUCAGGAGGAGUCCCAGACAUCUGCUGCCAAGCUCAAGAAGUUCACAGAGUGGGUCUUCAACACCAUUGACAUGAACUGAGCUGCUGCACUCACAGCUCAUCUGUACACAGUUUAGAAGAGGCAGAUGGGGAACCUCUAAACCCCUUCUGCAUUCUUCCAUUGGUCUGAUAUCCCCUCAACUUCUUUGAACUUUCCUGUUAUGUUUGGAGGAUGAAAUUGUGGAACUCGUUUCUACUUGUUUGCCUUCCCCUAUUUCAUUCAAUGGCCAAACAGAUCUCCUCCUCCUCAUUCUCAAGAUGUUGACUUUCGCACUUAUUCCACUGGAUCGAAAUGAAGAACCGUCUCCUUUGUGGCGCUCUCCUCCUUUCAGACCAACGUUUGGCCUUUUACACAUCGAUUUGUUCAUUUUCCUGCUCCCACUUCUUUUAAAACAUCUUUCACCUGCUCUGAAAAAGCAAACCUUGUUUGUGCCAAAUCAAAGAAGCCUCAGCAGGGAGUCGCUCAGGCACCCCUUCUUAAAAGAGGACAACUUAAACGCCACACAGACGUGCGUCACAGAUCUGCUGCAGCAGCAGACAAAUACACAUAGAUCUAAAUCCACAACAUAGUUCAAGAGAUGUUUCAACUGCAUGUUAAAGGUUGAAUCUGUUUAUUGUUCUUUGCAUCUAAAAUGUCUGGACAUCCAGCUUCAGUCAUGUUUAUCUUCCGUUUUACCCCCCCUUCAUUCAGAUCUUUUUUUAUACACACUAACACCUGAAACAGGAGUGUAUUAAAAGCCAUUGGCAAGCAGUGCCAUAAAACCAAGACUGAUCCAGUGCUAAUCGGUCCAUCUCAGUUCUACGUGUCUUAAAAGCAAUAGGAAGAAGCCCGGACUCCUGGGUUUGUCUGAAAAGAACCUCGAGUCGAGAAAAACCCCCACCUAAUAUGGAUAUUGUAUGUUUGCAAGAACGAAAAGCUGCACAAGAGCCUUCAUCACCUUCCUCUACGAAAAAGGAAAACAAGGACUCAUCAUCUCACUGCCUGAACGAGGAGAGCCGGCUGAUUUUAAGAUAACGGACACUUUUUGGCUGGAAUGAAGGGAGUCUUUUUAAUCCCACGUUAAUUUAUUUCCUUGUAUUAUAAUUCCAAUAAAUGAGUUGUUCUAUUCGUACAGUACAACUGAUAUUAGUGUUUAGUUCUUAAAGACUAAUGUUCAAUAGUUAUAUUAUUUAAAUGGCUUUCUUUUCCUAAUUUUACCUAAAGCCUGACUAUAUGCUUUUUAUUCUGCAUUUUGUUGUAUUCGUGGUGCCCAAGCCUGCUGUUGUGUUGCUUACAGUGCCAUCUAGUGGUGACCAGUGAAAACGUCAUGAUUUGUAAAUGUGCUGCAUACCACCUGUAUUUUUUUUCUUUAAUUCAUUUUUCCCCCCAAUGCUUCUUGAUUUGAGUCAAAAAAAAAAAAACUCUUAGAAA